CUCACUCAUGGCCUAUGAGACAGAGGAUCAGGAGACUCAAUACUGCUUUCCUGACAUCAACUCAUCAUGUGUGAAGAAACAACGCUCCAGUCAUGAAUAUAAUUUUAUGUAUUUGUUUUUUCCAUUGCUGUCAGCAUGGACUGUGUUUCUGAACCUGCUGGUGAUCAUCUCCAUCUCUCACUUCAAGAAGCUUCACACUCCAACCAACAUGAUUAUUCUCUCUCUGUCUGUGGCUGAUCUGCUAAUUGGACUUGUCAUGCCUAUAGAGGCCAUCAGACUGAUCGAGACGUGUUGGUAUUUUGGAGACACUUUCUGUGGUUUCAAUUUAAUAAUAAUUGGGGCGAUUCUCUCAGCAUCUGUUAGUAAUUUAGUUUUAAUUGCUGUCGAUCGUUAUGUGGCUGUGUGUUACCCUUUACUGUACCCACAGAAAAUAACCAUCUCUAACAUGUUGAUUAGUAUCUGUCUGAGCUGGGUUUACUACUCCGCUUAUAACACUGUCCUUAUUAUUAAUAAUGGAUAUUUUGACACUUCAUACAGAACAGACAUGUGUUAUGGACAGUGUUCAGCCAUGAUGAGUUUUACUUGGAUACUCACUGAUCUGUUUGUGUGUUUUACCUUUCCCUGUGUGAUAAUCAUCACUUUAUAUUUGAGGAUUUUCUAUGUCGUUCAUCAGCAAGUGAAGGUUAUAAACUCUCUGAUGAAGGGUGGUAAAUGUGUAACGGAUGGUUCAGUGAAGAGGAAAUCUGAGAGUAAAGCUGCUCUGACUUUAGGAAUCAUUGUGUCAGUGUAUAUGCUUUGCUGGAUUCCUUACUAUAUCUGUGCUUUAUCUGUAAACUCUUCCACAGUUUUAAGUGUUUUGACAUGGGUUGUGUAUGCUAACUCUGGUCUGAAUCCUCUGGUUUAUGCUUUAUUUUACCCCUGGUUUAAAAAGACAGUUAAAGUCAUCUUAACUCUGAAAAUAUUUGAGCCGGCAUCCUCUCUGGUCAAUAUUUUUAUAGAAAAUGAAUUGUAAUUAAACUGGUAAAGCUGUCUCUCACAAUGAUAGAUAUUAUUAUAUUUGAUAGGAUUAAUUAAAACCUGAUUUUAUAUUAACAUAAUAUAUUCCUUAACUACUGAAUUUAUUGCAUUGUGCGUUUAUGCUGGACAUUGAGAUGUUGGAGGUAAAUAAUGUUCAGAUAACAUUAGUGAAUUACACAUGAAAGCUGACCUCACUCUGAGGCAGUGUUGCAUCACUUCAGUAUGUGUAUGUGUUUGUAGUAUUUCACACCUUUAAUGAAUGUUUCACUGGAGGAUCUUCAAUAUCAAGAACACAUAAAAAACAAAUCUUAACAAUUAUAA